GGAAUAGCCGCUACUCUUGUACCUACUUAUCCUGGACCAUAUGAAAGCUCAUACCAAAAAUACUUAAUAAAUAAUCUACUCUCAUCCCUGAGCUCCGACGUCCUUAGACUGGUGCAUAAUGGCUUACGAUAUUCCACAGCUUCCGAUCGGUUCGAACGGGAAAUCGAUCCCGCUGUUAGGGUUUGGAACGGCUGAAUACCCUUUGGGCAACACCGAGAACCUCAAAGAAAUCGUCCUCCGUGCGAUAGAGCUCGGCUACAGGCACUUCGACACGGCAGCCGCGUAUCAGUCCGAGAAGCCUCUCGGAGAGGCCAUCGCCGAAGCCCUCAAGCUCGGCCUUGUCAAGUCCCGAGACGACCUGUUCAUCACUUCCAAGCUCUGGUGCAACGAUGCACAUAAGGAGCUCGUCGUCCCCGCGCUACGGAAUUCGCUCAGGAAUCUUCAAUUGGAGUAUCUGGAUCUCUACCUUGUACACUGGCCAAUGAGAUUGAGACCAGAGGCUGAGCUCCAUCCAAAGGAGGAGGAUAUGCUUCCAUUCGAGAUGGAGUCUGUGUGGGAAGGCAUGGAAGAGUGCGUGAAGCUGGGCCUCACUAGAUGCAUCGGCGUCAGCAAUUUCUCCUGCAAAAAACUUGACAAGCUGCUCGCCACGGCAAAAAUCCCACCCCUCGUCAAUCAAGUGGAAAUGAACCCUCUGUGGCAACAAAAGAAGCUGAGGGAGUUUUGCAUGGAGAAGGGCGUACACGUGAGCGCCUACUCACCUUUGGGAGGACGGGGAACCGCAUGGGGAUCCAACCGGGUGAUGGACUGCGAGGUGCUCCACCAAAUCGCCACCUCCAAAGGAAAAACCAUUGCCCAGGUUUGCUUGAGAUGGGUGUACGAGCAAGGAGUAAGCGUCAUCAUGAAGAGCUUCAAUCAUGAGAGAAUGGAGCAGAACCUCCGCAUAUUUGACUGGAGUCUCAGCCCCGAGGAGUUGCAAAAGAUUAGUCGAAUUCCACAAAUUAGAGGGUGUCACCCGUUGGGAUUCUUCUCGGAUAAGGGGCCUUACAAGUCCCUUGAAGAGUUCUGGGACGGCGAAAUCUAACAUCACAUGACAGAUAAUGACAACAUCGUUCGAUGUAUAGCAGGACUGCUAUGCUCAUCCUGUCGCUAUUGAUGAUUGUUCAACAGAAGGCCUUGGCUUGGAAGCCAACUUGUUGCGAAGAGAUUGAUAGUUAGAAGAUAUUUGUCAUUGUGUCAUGUGGUUUUUAAAGACCGGCUUGAUCUUGAGGAUGAACCGAAAAAGCAAGAACAUGAAGAAUCAUUCAAUCUAUACUCAUCUUAUGUGGCAAUGUCAAAGAUUUUGACGUAUUAGAUAGAAUAGCACAACUCCCACGCUACUGAAGUCUCUUCUUCGUGAGAACUACCAUCUCCCUCUUGUGGGAGUCUUCCUCUCCCUUUGUCGGAGUCUAUCCCUCCACUUUGGGGUUCUCCCCUUCUUAAUCGCAUCACCUUACCUUUUUCUU